AUGUCGUCUAUGGAUCAAGUCUUCGCAGGCUAUGCCGCCCGAACAGCCGCUCUCAAAGCCAACAGUAAUCCCUUCGCCAAGGGCAUUGCUUGGGUUGAAGGGCGGCUCGUUCCUAUUAACGAAGCUCGAAUCCCAUUAAUGGACCAGGGCUUCUUACACGGCGAUCUCACGUACGACGUACCUUCGAUCUGGGAUGGGCGAUUCUUCCGUCUAGACGAUCAUCUCUCAAGACUCGAAGCCAGUUGCCAUAAGCUACGCAUGCGACUACCUCUCCCAAAGGAACACAUUGAGCUAAUUCUCAAUGAGAUGGCCGCGAAGUGCGGGAUCAAGGAUGCAUACGUCGAAUUGAUAGUUACUCGCGGGCUCACCGGCGUACGUGGUUCUAACCCCGAUCAACUUCGCAAGAAUACGCUGUACAUGUUCAUUCUGCCCUACGUCUGGGUGAUGGAGCCACAGGUGCAACGUACCGGAGGCUCUGCUGUCGUCGCCCGUACGGUCAGAAGAACUCCCGUGGGAUCUAUGGACCCGACCGUCAAGAAUCUACAAUGGGGAGAUCUGACCCGGGGUAUGCUGGAGGCUGCUGAUCGAGGUGCUAUGCACCCGCUCUUGACAGACGGAGAUGGGAAUCUCACAGAGGGAUCUGGCUUUAAUAUCGUGCUCGUGAAAGACGGGGUUCUGUUUACCCCCGAGCGCGGGGUUCUGGAGGGAGUGACCCGCAAAAGUGUGCUUGAGAUAGCACGAGCCAAUGGUAUCGAUGCCCGCGUGCAAUUUGUGCCCGUGGAGAUGUUGUAUCAUUGUGAUGAGUUAUUUAUGUGCACUACUGCUGGGGGUAUUAUGCCUAUUACCUCGUUGGAUGGGAAGCCUGUUAAGGAUGGAAAGAUAGGCCCGAUUACGAAGCACAUCUGGGAUGAUUAUUGGGCGAUGCAUUAUGAUUCGAGGCACAGCUAUGCUAUUGACUACGCUGGCUCUGGACUGCAGAGUUCGGGGACCGCGCGAGUUCAGAAGCUCUAGUUGAGCUAUGGGAUUUCGUUCAUUUCAUAUGGAUAAAU